AUGAUCAAGUUGUUGGUUUUGGUUCUUCUGGGAAUAAACAGCGCAGCAGCUGUGACCCACUCCCUGAAGUAUUUCUUCACUGGAUCGUCUGAAGUCCCAAACUUCCCACAGUUUGUGGUUGUUGGUUUGGUUGAUGAUGCCCAGAUAAUUUACUAUGACAGCGUCACCCAGAAAUGUGUUCCUAAACAGGACUGGAUGGAGGAGAACAAUGAUCAGCAGUACUGGGAGAGACAGACUGAAAUCGCUCAGGGUUACCAGCAGACCUUCAAAGCCGACAUUGCAAAUUUAAAGCCACGCUUCAACCAAACUGGAGGUGUCCACACUACCAUGACCAUGUACGGCUGUGAGUGGGAUGAUGAGACUGGUGAGGUUACUGGCUUUCGACAAGAAGGCUAUGAUGGAGAAGACUUCCUGAUAUUGGACACAAAGACGUACACCUGGGUAGCUCCCAUACCACAGGCUGUAAUUACUAAAAACAAAUGGGACAAUGACAAAGCUUUGAUGGCAAAUACGAAGGUCUACCUAACCCAGCAUUGUCCUGAGUGGCUGAAGAAGUAUGUCAACUAUGGAAAGAGUUCUCUGAUGAGAACAGAUCUUCCAUCAGUGUCCUUCCUCCAGAAGUCUUCCUCCUCUCCAAUCAGCUGCUUUGCUACAGGUUUCUACCCCAACAGAGCAGAAAUGUUCUGGAGGAAAGAUGGAGCAGAGAUCCAUGAUGGUGUGGAGAAAGGAGAGAUCCUCCCUAACAAUGAUGGAACCUUCCAGAUGAACGUUGACCUGGACCUUCCAUCAUCUGAGGACUGGACCAAAUAUGAAUGUGUGUUUCAGCUCUCUGGACACAAAGAAGACAUCAUUAACAGAUUGGAGAAAAACAAAAUCAGGACUGGAAACGGUUCUUCAGGGUUCCCCGUUGAGGCUGUUGUUGGGGGUGUUAUUGCGGUAAUUCUUGCUCUGGCAGCUAUUGCUGGUCUGGCCGUCUGGUGUAAAAGAAAAGACAAUGCUCAACAGGCCCCGAGGCCCCCAGCACAUCAGAGGCCCUGGCAGGGCCAGACAACCGGACGUACACCGGCCCAGGCCCCAAGCAGCAUACCGCACAGAACCCGAACCUCUGAUAAACCGCCAGGGCACAAGCCCAAUGGCAACACAUCCCAGGGACCCCAGACCCCCGGGCACACUCAGUAG